GGAUUCCGAGCUCGUCUCAUCGUCAAUGCAGCAGCAUCCUUCACAAAUGAAAAGCUUGCGUUGAUUCAUCUUCAUCGCAACUCAUAUGAUUUCUUAGAACCCUCGCUUGCGCUCAUUCAAUCCCACCCAUCUGUAGCACAAUUCCAUUCAGCAUGUCUGCUUGUCAGCAAUGCUGUUGUUUUUUCGCUUCAGUUGUCAGAGGUCGCCUCAGUUGGCGGCUUAGAGCUUAGCUUGUCCUCUCCGCCCUCGUUCUCCUCAGCAGUUGCAUUUAUUCUGAGAGCUCGGAGGGUUCGCUUUUCAGUUUUUAGCGACGUGGGUUUUGGGUGUGUUCUUUGGAAUUGAGAACAUGAGAUGUGGGGGAGGUGGGAGAGGAAGCAAUUAUGUGCUUGAUUUAGUUGUUGAGGCGAGUGUUUGCGGUUGGAGUGGUCUUUUUGGAGUUCUGUCGCUGUUUCGUAGUGUUUUUGCUGCAUUUAGAUUCAUUUCCGAGGUGUGAGGAUGUCGGGUGUAAGGAGAGGCGACUUGGGGACUUAUUUUAGGAGGAGCCAGUUUGAGCCUCUGGUAUCCACGUUGCCCUAUGAGCAUAGUCUGGAUCACGUGCCUAAAAAUGAAACGGUUGUGGGCACUGAUACCUUGAUUGGGGUGAAGCUCGGGAGUGCCAUACGGUUGUCCAUUCUCAAGCUUGAUGGCAUCCACUUUGAAGUUACCGUGCCGAACAAUGGCAAGGUCAGAGAUCUGAAGCAAUCAAUCAUGAUGUACGUCGACUCCGACGAGCAAUCACAGCUUGGCCACAGACACAUUUCAUGGAAGCAUGUCUGGAACAACUUCUGCUUAAGUUUUGGAAAGGAGAAGCUCGUGGAUGAUGACGCUCGUCUUCAUGAUUUUGGCAUAAGAAACAACGACGAGCUGAGAUUUGAGCACCAUGUAGCUGCUAGAGAGGAAUUCCGUCACCCACGAGUUAUGAAACCCCGUUUCUUUUAUGGUCCCCACAAAAAUUGAUCAGCAGAUGACCUGCAUACAUUACCACAGAAAUAAUGUUGGUUACAAAAAAGGUUUUGCUCCUGGUAAUGAAUGCAUGCAUACACCAGUCUUGCAGAAUGUGGAAAAGAAGUGAGGAGAAGGCCGUUGCAUUUUACUGCAAGUUGAAUGCACCUCGACGCUGAUUCUGUGCCACCGUAAGAGCAAUGUUUGAUCACCAUUAAUUUGGAUUUGUCUAUGUUCCUGUUGCUAAGAAAUAUUUGAGUAUAUCAUUGGUAAUUUCGAUGCUUUUUGCAUUUCAAGCAUUUCAUGACUAGGUCACAUAGAAUACAUGCAAUAAGGCUCCAUGAUCUUGAAUGACACCUUUUAAUCAUUCUGCUAUGAGCUUAUAUUAGUGCUGUGUUGGUCAAUGGCUACAAAUGCUUCAGUCAUCCACACAACGCUUAUUUAUUAGUAUUUUUUUGUGUUUUCUUUUGAGGCUUAAAGAAAAUAUGUUCUGUUAGAGUAUUCAAAGAAUUAAAAAAAUUGUCGUUUGGGUACAUCCUCAAAAUUUUAAAUUAAAUACAAAUGGCUUUUUUCUCAA